UACGGCGACAUGGUGCCCAGCACGGCCAUGGGUAAGCUGGUGGGCGGCGUGUGCUCCCUCAGCGGCGUGCUCGUCAUCGCACUGCCCGUGCCCGUCAUCGUCUCCAACUUCAGCCGGAUCUACCACCAGAGUCAGCGCGCCGACAAACGCAAGGCGCAAAAGAAAGCGCGUCUGGCACGGAUCAAGCUAGCCAAGGUGUCGUCUGGAGCGGCGUUCGCCUCCAAGAAAAAGGCGUCUGAGGCGAGACUCGAGGCCCAGGAGGCGGGGCUCGAGCUCGAAGGUCAGGGUGAAGAAGACAUUUUCGAAUUGCAACAUCAUCACCUACUUCGCUGUCUGGAGAAAACCACGAACCGCAAGUUCGUCACGGAUGUACCGUUCAACGGUCAGCCGACGCGUCUGCACGGGGAGCCCGGCGGCAGCCCACCACGGAGCCCCUCGCCCGGGGCGACCGGGCGCGGUCUGCUCUCCUCCUGCUGCUGCGCCGGACGGCCUCGGCGCACCUCUGCUGACAACAACCAGGCCACCGUGACCAAGCUGGAGCAACUGGCGUAACGUCGCCACCCCUCGGGCCACGAGCCUGUUCCGGCCGUACACGGGCGGCGGUCGGCCGGCCGGCGCGGGGACCGGUCACGGCGGACCGGAGCGACUCCAAGAACUGGACACCGUCGACCUAGAGAUGGCGGCCGGCCGGGCACCGCGACUCCACCUCAGUCCUCCGGGCGACAGUCCGAGUCCGCCGAGCCCCGCGGACGCUCCGCCGGCCGAGUCGGACUCGGUCAGCACCAUCUGCAGGCCGCGGCAGCCGUCGCCGUCGCGCGUCUCGCCCCUGUAGGCCCGCCGGCUGGCCAGGCCACCAGCAAUACGCUUAUAAACUGUGUGCACGCGCCGGACCAGCGCCGACAGAGAGCGAGAGAGUGAGAGAGACAGAGGCGAGUGAGAGCCGCGUGAGAGCAGAGCGUCUCACGGAGCCACCGUCGUCUCCCCAAUCUGUGAUUCUAGGUUUCUCAAGUUUCCUCUAGUGGGCUCCCGCGCAGGAGUGGCGGCCCCUAGCGGUGGCGACCUUUGGGUGUGUGUUCCAUUAGCUCAGUUCGGGCCGAAGCUCGCCGGUGGAGGAGCCCGACGGAGCCAGUGACUUCUCAUCAGCUCCGAGGAGGGACACUGCCACGUCCUCCGAUCACUCCCAGCUUCAGCAGGGCCGGCAGCACGUCCAGCGUCUCAGCCGCGAGUCUCCUAGCUCCGUAGAUCGACCGCCCGCGUAGUGUACAGACGAGAAGCGAUGAUGAAAGCGGGAGUGAGGAAGAACGAUGAACGUGGUAGCGGCGCGGUCCUGCUGUGCCCUCUGAGAGGGUCCCUGGCCGAUCGAGCGGACAGGCGAACUUUGCCAGUCCGGUCAGUCUUCUCUAUACCUUUAGGCGCCGUGCCGCGCCUCCUUCGGCGCGCCGCCAGAGCCGCUUCAUUCCAGGCGAGACCGGCCAACUUUCAUUUUUAGCUGUGCCUUUGGUAGGACCACGCCGUUGUCUGUUGGGUGGCGCGGAGCUCGAUACGUUGUCAGACUUAUCCAGUUAUUCGGGGGAGGGCGGGUCGGUACCUAUACCCUGGAAGGCGGCACUUCUGCCGAUAUUCAGUAACAAGGAGCGAGAAGUCAGACAGACUCCAACCCUAGGUCUGACUGCUCCCAUCACGAGACGGUCGACCCUUCCAGACCUCCUCUCGGCAGUGCAGAAAAGUUCAUCCCUUACGUCACACUGACGUCAUCGUUCUGAUAUGUGACGUCGGCACGACGACACGUGAUCUCUGCAGCGUGACUCGGGCAGCCGGCGCGCGGCGAUCUUAGGUCCCUAAACGCGCCGUGUGCGGGGGCUGGGGGACGCCGGUCUUGUUACGUCACAGGGGGUAGUUCUAGUGGACGGCGCCCCUGCCCGAGCCCCUCUAUCCGCCGAGAGAGAGGAGCAUCGGAGCGUUCAUAUAGCGUCCACAGGCAUGUGACCAUGUCAUGUAACCUUCACUGUUCGCCGUCUCCAAACAUGCAGUGUGCAAUCUAAGAAUAGAUCUAUUCAGUAGGCUAGAUUUAUAUCAUGUCUGAUGUCUUUUAUUGCUGUCAUCAGUCCUAACAUGUGUCGUUCCGACGAGGCGCCUGAGGCGCCGUGGUCGCAUGCCAAAACUUAUCGAUAAACUACGACAGGCCGGGGAUCCGGUCGGCCGCGGGCGCCGCGGGGAGCGUCCAGCGGCGGAGUCGAGGUGCCCUGGACACCCGCCCGGGCGAGCACCCCAGCGUUAUCCAUGCUUGCUGUCUACAUGUACAUUUUGAUCUAUAAGAAUACAGUUUUCCGAGA